AUGAAAUCAUCAAAUUAUGAAACAAUAGAAUUGUAAGGUAAUCCUGCUUCGAGAGCCAAUGAAGAUGAUGCAUUUCAAUAGCAUGGAAGGCUAUCAUAUUUGUUUUAAACAUCUCAAACAUUGAAAAUAAGUUAAAGAAAAAAGUCAACAAUUAUUGGAAGUUCAAAAAAGAAUGCUUUUGAAGAUAGUAGGAUUACAAGACUUUAUUUUGAAAGAUAUAGAGUGUUAGAAUUAGGCAGAAUGUGGACAAUUUGUGCAAGUAUUGUUCUAAUGGUUCUUGAAGUUAAUUAUUUAUAAAUAAUAUAGUAUGAGGUUUCAUUUGCGAAUUAGUUAACGGAAACAUACCAAGAAGAAAUUAAAACUCUAUUAUAUUUGAUUCUAAUUCUAACUAUUGUUUCAAGUAUAUUGUUUAUAUUAUUUAGUUUUAAUGACAUUGAUGGCAUAUUUAGCAGAACUCGAAUUUAGGAAACGAUCUCUUACAGUACCCAAAGCCUCUACUAUUUUUCAAACAAAUCUCAUUUUUCUUUUGCUAAUAGAAACUACUAUGUUACUACCUUGUCCUACUCCUUAUACAAUUGGAUAUAAAGUUUCAUUCUCACAACGAUAUUCUGAUUAACCAAGAUUCUAUUUCGUUAAUGAGAUAUUAACCUUCGUAAUGCUUUUUCGAUCAUUAUUAAUAUUGAACAUAGCAUUUAAGUUCUAGUCGUUUUAUUCGAAUAGAGUAAACAGAUUAUGGUAUUUUAUCAUUUUUUAAUUUAGUGGUAUAUACUCAGUUGAAUUCGGUCCUCAUUUCAUAUUUAAAGUUGCAAUUAGAUAGAAUCCAUAUUCUACACUUUGUGGACUUUUUUGCAUGGGAAUUUUCUUGUUUUCGUACUAAUUAGAAAUUUCAGAAAGGUCAUUAUUAAGAACGACAACAGAAAUUGAUCAUUAUAAUUUAAAAAAUUCCCUAUGGGUCUGCAUGAUUACAAUAUUUACAGUAGGUUAUGGAGAUCUAUAUCCAACAACUGAACUUGGAAGACUUUCUAUGACAUUAGGUUUAUUUUAUGGAGUCGCUUUGACAUCACUUUUUACAGCUAUUUUGUAUGCUGAUUUACAACCAUUCGUUUCAGAAUUAAGAUCUAUUACAUUAUUAGAUAAAGCUAGUAUAAAAAUUGAAAUUCGAUAAGUUGCUGAAAAAAUUCUCUUAAAUUUUUAUAAAUUAAAUUCUUAUUUACAUAGAUAUCAAAUAAAAAAUAGUAUUAAUGAUCCUGCCACUUUGAAUAGAGUUAAUUAGAUAUAAGCUUUUUUGUAAGAAGGAUAACAACUUAAAAGGUAUUGAUAUUUAAUAAUUAUAGAAAUUAUCGAUCAAUUGAUACUGAAGAUUUUAUAGCUAUGGCUGAUAGAUAUUUCAAAGACAUGAACCAUAGAAUAAAAGAAUUUAGAGAUAUGCUUUAAUAAAUGAAAUGUUAAUAGUAUUCUAUCAUUGAAAGAGAUACUCCAAAAAUGAGAUCCACAUAAAAGCAAUGUCAUACAAUUACUGCUGCUAGUUAUGAUGUUAAAAGCAAAGAUGAUUAAUAUUUUGAAUAGUUAAUUGAUUCUCAAUGUGAGCAUUCAGAGCUUAUGCAGUUUAAUGAUGAUGAGUGA